AUGUCGAAGCGGAGAGCGUACCCCCAACCUGCGUACGCCAGCAACAUGGCUGCUGGCGCUCCUCCCGCCGCUGCCUUUGGUGUGGACCAGGCGGCACAGGGAAUGGCUCAGAUGAACUUGGGCCAACAGCCGCCUGCGUUCGGCCAGCCGCCCCAACCCCAGGGCUACGGCCAACCUCAAGGCUACGGGCAGCCGGGUCAACCUCUUGCUCCCGGUCAACCGCAAGCUUACGGGCAACCCCCGGCCCCUGGCCAGCCCCAGGCCUACGGUCAACCUCCUGCGCCCGGUUAUGCUGGUGCCGGUGGUGCUCCUGGCUACGGGGCCCAACCGCCGACGCCCAAUGCCCCCAAUGCCGCUGUGAAUGCUCCUUACGGGGUCCAAGGCGGCCAACAACCUUCUUACGAUCAAUACUACCAACAAGGGGCGGUGCCGCAACAACCGCAGCAACAACAACCCGCCUACUUUGCCGGGGCUGGGGGCAGCGCCACUCCUCUCAACCAAAUCUACCCUUGUGAUUUGAGUCGCGAGUUGCCUCCGCCCAUCUCGGACUUGCUGUUGCCUCCCCCUCCGAUCGUGUUGCCCCCCGGUCUGACCUUGACUAAUAGCGAAACUGCCAACGCCGCCCCCGAAUACUUCAGACUGACCCUCAAUGUGAUCCCGACGCUGCUGGGUCUUUUGAAGAAGCUGAAGUUGCCGUUGGCGUUGAUUGUUAACCCUUACAACUCGUUGAAGAUCGAGGAUGAAAAUAUCCCCACCACUGGUGACACGAUUAUUCUGCGGUGUCGGCGGUGCCGGGGUUACAUCAACCCUUUCGUCACGUGGGCGGAAAACGGCCGCCGCUGGAGAUGUAACUUCUGUAACUUGUUGAACGACGUUCCCCUGGCGUUUGACUAUGACGAAAUCUCGGGUCAGCCCAAGUCGCGUUUGGAUCGAGUUGAGCUUAACAACGCCGUGGUCGAGUUCAUCGCCCCUAAGGAAUACAUGGCGAGAACCCCUCAACCAGUGGUGUACACAUUCUUGAUUGACGUCAGCACCUACGCCGUCAAGUUCGGCUUGACUGCUACUGUUACUCGCACCAUCCUUGAGCUGUUGGAUCGCAUCCCUAACCCCAACGGUACCGCUAAGGUGGCAUUCAUUGGUGUGGAAUCGCUGCUCCACUACUUCCGCUUCAACCAAAACGCCGUAGGCGUCGAUGAUGAGGAUGCUGACUUGUUUGAACAAAUGAUCGUGUCGGACAUCGACGAGCCGUUCUUGCCCUCGCCCGACGGGUUGCUUGUCAAUUUACUGGAAAACCGGUCGGCAAUCGAAAAGCUUUUGAUUGACUUCCCCGCUUACUUUGAAGGCACCGCCAACCAAGGGUUCGCCUUGGGUCCCGCGCUCAAGCUGGGUCACAAGCUCAUCUCUAACAUCGGGGGUAAGCUCGUGUGCUUUGCCGCCACUUUGCCUAACAUUGGUGAAGGUAAGUUGGCCAUUCGUGAUGAAGCUGGGGUGCUGGGCAAGGCCAAGGAAGCCAAGGCGUUACUUUCGCCUCAAGACGCGUUCUACAAGCUGUUUGCUGUCACUUGUAACUCGGCUCAGAUCACCGUGGACUUGUUCUUGACCCUGAAACUGUAUCAAGACGUCGCUACUCUCUCUAACCUCCCUCGGUUCACUGCCGGGCAAACCCACUUCUACCCUGCGUGGUCACUGGAAAAGCAAGAAGACGUGGCCAAGUUGUCGCGGGAAAUUCUGGACCACUUGUCGAUGGACAUUGCUCUUGAAGCUGUGCUCAGAGUCAGAGGGUCUACCGGAUUCAGAAUGCUGGGCUUCUACGGUAACUUCUUUAAUCGGUCGCUGGAUUUGUGCUCGUUCCCCACCUUCCCCCGCGAUCAACUGUACUGUAUUGAGAUGAGUCUCGAAGAAAACAUUUCCAAGCCGGUGGUGUUUUUCCAAGCUGCCGUCCUUCAUUCUACCUGCUUUGGUGAACGUCGGAUCCGGGUGAUGAACCUUGCGGUGCCGACGCUGUCGAAGCUCGAUGACAUUUACGCGCUGGCGGACCAAUUGGCCAUCACCACCUUCAUCACCCACAAGGCGAUCGAAAAGGCGUUGGCGACGACGCUUCAAGAUGCGCGCGACUUCUUGACCAAGACUGUGGUUGACCUCUUGACGGUGUACCGCAAGGAGUUGGUGGCGGGCAACGUGCUGGGAGCGCUGCCGCUUCAAUUAUCGACGAACUUGCGGAUGUUGCCGCUUCUUUUGUUUGCCCUUUCCAAACACUUGGGGUUCCGGGCCGACCGCGUGCCUCUGGAUCACCGGGCGGCGGCAUUGAACAACUUGGGGUCGAUGCCCAUCCCUCAAUUGAUCAAAUACAUCUACCCCACUGUGUACUCGUUGCAUGAUAUGCCUGAUGAAUGCGGGUUGCCGGAAAAGGUGGUGCGCGUUAACGAGGAAACUGGUGAAGAAGAAGAAACUGACGAAGUGGGUACUCUGAUCUUGUUGCCCGAACCCAUCAACGACUCGAAGACGUCGUGGGAUCCUCACGGGUUGUACCUUAUCGACAAUGGGCUGGAGUUGUUCUUGUGGCUCGGCGGUGACGCGGUGCCGGCGUUGGUGAAUGACUUGUUUGGUACCGACAAUAAGUACGCCAUUGCCAGGGGCAAGGCAGAAUUGCCGGAGUUGUCGUACGAAGAAUCUGAAUUCAACUACCGGGUGCGUCAAAUCGUGGGCAAGAUUCGCGAUCUGAAGGACUCGAUUACGUGGAAGAACUUGUACAUUGUGUUGGGUGGCCUGAACAAUGAGCCCAUGGAAUUGUCACAAGACCGUGAGUUGAUGGCAUUGAGAAUGUGGACCUACUCGACAUUGGUCGAAGACAAGAUUGGCUCCGACCCCACCUACCGCGACUUCUUGACGUCGUUGAAGCAACGGGUGAGCUCAUAG